AAGAAAAAUUGCAGCUUUUUCUGCAUGGGUUCCAGAAGCACUUUGUGCUUUAUAAAUACAGCCUGCAGCCGGGAAAACAAAAUGAGUACCGACAACCGAGGGAUCCGCGACCAGACUCCAGCGAUCCAUGAUCUUUGUGAGAAGGAUGCUGCAGCAAGCGCUUCGAGUCCGCAACGCCUUCCCCCUGGCCAAGUGGAUGGAGAGGUGGUCCGAGGGCGCAGCAGCGCCUCCGCUGGAGAGCGCGUUGCAGGCGGUGAGGACCCUGGACGACAUGCCCGGACCGACGGCCGGCAGCUUCGCCUGGGACCUGUUUGCCAGGGGGGGUCUGUCUCGGCUGCACGAGUUACAGCUGAAAGGAGUGCAGCGCUAUGGGCCCAUGUGGAAGGCAAGCUUCGGCCCCAUCCUCACUGUUCAUGUGGCAGAUCCGUCCCUUAUAGAGCAGGUCCUGAGGCAGGAGGGCCAGCACCCAAUGCGAUCAGACCUAUCAUCCUGGAAGGACUACAGAAAGCUCAGAGGACAUCACUUUGGACUUUUGACUGCUGAGGGGGAGGAGUGGCAGGCAGUGAGAAGUCUCUUGGGGAAACACAUGCUGCGACCAAAGGCCGUGGAAGUUUACGACAAGACCCUAAACAACGUUGUCAGCGACCUGAUUGCCAAACUUCGCCUUCGCCGAUCUGCCCAAGGCCUCGUAACCGACAUCACCAGCGAGUUCUACCGCUUCGGCCUCGAGGGUAUCUCCUCAGUGCUGUUUGAGUCCAGAAUUGGAUGCCUGGACGCGGUCAUUCCUGAGGAGACUGAGCGCUUUAUCCAGUCCAUCAACACCAUGUUUGUGAUGACUCUCCUCACCAUGGCCAUGCCCAGCUGGCUGCACCAGCUUUUUCCUAAACCCUGGAAAGUCUUCUGUCAGUGCUGGGAUGACAUGUUUGAAUUUGCCAAAGGUCACAUCGACCAGCGCUUGAUGGCUGAAGCCGAGAAGAUUGCCAGAGGGGAGAAAGUGGAGGGCCGUUAUCUCACCUACUUCCUCUCGCAGACAGGGUUGCCCAUGAAGACCGUCUACAGCAACGUCACGGAGCUGCUUCUUGCAGGGGUUGACACAAUCUCCAGCACUAUGUCCUGGACUCUGUACGAGCUGUCCCGUCACCCAGAGAUUCAGGCCGCACUCAGGGAUGAGGUGUCGACAGUACUGGAGGGACGGAGGGUACUAGAGGCCUCAGACGUGGCCCACAUGCCUCUCCUGAAGGCAACAGUCAAGGAAGUGCUUCGGUUAUACCCAGUUAUUCCUGCUAAUGCGCGCGUCAUUCCAGAGAAAGACAUCCAGGUUGGAGGGUACCUCAUUCCUAAAAAUACCUUGAUCACCUUGUGUCAAUUUGCCACGUCACGGGACCCCGCGGUGUUUCAGAAUCCAGAUGAUUUCCUUCCCCAUCGCUGGUUUAACAAAGAUGCGACUCAUCACCCGUACGCCUCAGUUCCCUUUGGCGUGGGAAAACGCAGCUGCAUAGGUCGCCGGAUUGCGGAGCUGGAGCUCUACCUCGCUCUUUCUCGGAUCCUGACAGAGUUUGAGGUAAAACCAGACCCUGAGGGUGUUUCUGUGAAGCCGAUGACUCGGACUCUCCUCGUUCCUGAAAAUGCCAUCAACCUGCAGUUUGUUGAACGAUAAACUCCUCUUUUGAUCCCUAAGGGAACGUGAGCUGUCCCCUUGCCACCCAAGCCACCCUUUACUCGGGCCGUGUGGGGAGGGGAGAACAGGCAGUACAGCGUUAUCGCUUGAACCACAAGGCUGCUCAGACGCAGCGGUUCAUGUCACAGCGGGUCUUUCAACCUUUGACACAGUUAAGAGCAAAGCCCGCUGAACCUGCAGCCCAGUGCGUGCUGGCCGGCACAUUACGAGGGAGAGGGCAUAACUGGCUGAGGUUUGACGGCACAUUUAAUGCUGAGAAAGGUCCGAUAGAGCAAACAUGUCUGCCGGUCUGAAAAAUCUUUAGAUUUUAAUGUUUGACUCAAUUUAGAUCAGUUCAAGUUGCAUUUCAAAGAAUGUGAGCUGUGCUCUAAGCGGAUAUUUUUUUCCUGAAUCUCAUAACACUUUAUUAAAUCUGAUUAUGAUCUGGGAAUUACAGUGGAUCAGUUCAUCUGAAUGUUUUCUUAGUCUCAAAAUAUCAUGGAUCUCACCAUCGUAUUGAUUCCAGUGUGACACAAUCUAAUGUUGCUACUGAAAAUGUCAAUAAAAACUUCAAAAAUA